AUAUAUGUAUUUUAUGAUAUAUCCUUCCCAUUUUUUCUAUCAAGGCAAACACAACCAAGAAGAAGAAGAACAAAAGGGCCAUCACUAGAACUGAUUAGAGUACAGACGAACUUUCGCCUAAUUAUGGAAGGCGACACGAACGAAAACCUUUUGAACACACAACACAACAAGGAAGACACUCUCAAGAACAAAAUAUGGACCGAGUCGAAGAAAAUGUGGUUAGUCGCGGGCCCCUCAAUCCUCAUUCGGUUCUCGACAUUCGGUAUAAGCGUCAUAUGCCAAGCCUUUGUCGGCCACAUUGGCCCCACCGAGCUUGCUGCCUACGCUCUCAUUUUCACCGUUAUCCUAAGAUUCGCCAAUAGCAUACUGCUAGGAAUGAACAGCGGGCUCGGAACGCUGUGCGGCCAGGCGUACGGCGCGAAGCAGUAUCACAUGCUCGGCAUUUACCUCCAACAGUCGUGGAUCGUUUUAACCGCGGCCACAUUUUUACUCUCGCCGUUGUUUAUUUUCACGGCGCCCAUCCUCAUGGCCCUCGGGCAGGACAAGCACAUAGCAGAAAUGGCGGGAAAUGUCGCCCUGUGGUUCGUCCCGGCACAGAGCAAGAACUACAUGGUCUCGUACCUCGCGGUUUAUUCGUUGUUUCAGCACUUGAUUUUGUCGUGGGUUUUGACCGUGAGGUACGAGUUUGGUGUCCCGGGGGCAAUGGUGUCGACUAUAUUAGCGUGUUGGGUUUCGAAUUUCGGGCAGCUAGCGUACGUGAUGUUCGGAGGGUCUAAUUUGAUGUUCUUUACUUGCACUCUAGAGUUUUGGUAUAAUACGAUACUCGUGCUUCUGACGAGAAACAUGAAAAAUGCUGAGGUCACAAUCGACGCUCUUUCUAUCUGCCUCAACAUUAGUGGCUGGGCAGUGAUGAUCUCCAUAGGUUUCAUGAAUGCAGCAAGUGUUCGAGUCUCGAAUGAGCUUGGAAGGAAGGACCCUAAAGCCGAGAAAUUUUCGAUCUUGAUGGUGGUUCUUACAUCCUUCGCCAUCGCAUUUUUCCUCUUUGUGUUUUUCUUGCUCUUUAGGGGGUGUGUGGCAAAUGGGGCCGGACGGCAGGGAAUUGUAGCGUACGUUAAACCUCGGUUCAUAUUACUUGAUAGGAAUCAAACUAGAAGUCGAGGGAGUUGGAUUGGGAUGAUAAUUGGAACAGUGGUCCAAACUGUGAUACUGGUUUUCAUGACUUACAGGACUGAUUGGGAUAAAGAGGUCUCUUUCUUGUCAGGUUUGUUAAUCUUCUCGAAGGACAUCAACUCAUCUGUACUCGAACUACUUCGGGCCUUCAAUCUGAACCCUCAUGGCUACAAUUUGGUCACCUUUGUCUGA